AUGGGCCGACGAGCACCACCCAAAAUGUCCACCACACCCCCCAAAACCGGCCUGCCCACCACCCGCCGCCUCCACACCCCAAACUUCUCCACAACCCCUCUCCACGCAGAAGCCCUGUCAAACAUCUACGCCCCCAUCAGCAAAAACCUUUUCCUCUCCAAGCCGCCCUCCUGGAAAACAGACUCCGUCGCCUCGCCCCCAAAAUGGAAGGGCGAAAAACACAUUUUCAAAGACUCCGCUUACUACACCCUCGACCCCCGCGGCAUACUCCCCUCCAAAAAGCUAGAAGCAAGAGGAUUAGUCGAAAUGCCCUUCCAAGCCCCCACCACAUUCCCCCGCCUCCUAAUAAAAAAGACCGAAUACCGCGACGGCCCCAUAUACCCUCAAUUCGGCGAUUUCCGCAUCGACAAACUGAUUCGGUAUGAGAAGGUCAAUGUACCGGCUAGUUGCUCUUCCAUCGGCACAAGCUGGGCAAGACAACGUAUUCAAGGCGCGGGAUUAGUACCGGAAAUGGGCAACAUACUGUCUAAUCCAAGUAUCAGGAAAGAGCAGUUUCCGGCGCCGUUUUGCGAGCUGCCGGAUGAGCAGUUUAGGAUGUGGUUUGUGAGGAAUAUGGAGAUGUUGGGGUGGGGGGAGUGGGAGGCGGGGGUUGAGGCGGAGAGGGUGUUGGGGAGGGGGGAGGGGGUUGUGGUUGAGGAGGGUGUUGAGGAGAAGGAGGAUGAUGAGAGGUGUUUGAGGUGUCCUUUGGCGAGAGAGAUUAGGGUGAGGUUGGGUGAGAUAGAACGGAGGAAGAAGGAGAGACGGCAGGGCAAGGUUCAGAGGGCGGUGGAGAGGAAGAGCAGGUGUGAGGAAGUGAGGGAUGAUGUUUCCUUGUCGACAAUGGAAGAGGAACCCGUGAAGCAGGGAAGAUACCCCGUUGAACGACGCGGAAAGUGGAGUUGGAUAAAGAAGUUCUUUUGGUGGAGAUGA